GACUGCAAGCGCAAUCUACUUCGCUCGAAAUUUACGGUCAAAUCCAUUCGAAACUGGUGACUGUUACAAAAAAAAUAGUACACUUCUUCAGUCUGUGCAUUAUUCUGGCAAUCCUUGGCCACUUGUAUUCAAUGACUUCAGAUCUCUACAUGCUCUGUAUUAUGGUGAAAGACAAAGACGUUUGGAGCUCCGAAGUAUAUGCACCAUUUAUGGUCAUCGCAGCUUGGCUAGCUUUCCACCUCAUCGAGACUGUGACGCUGGUGGCCAUUUCUGAUUCAACUGUCAACGAGGCAAACCGGACUGGGGAAUUUCUGCACCGAAUGCUUACAGCGGCAAACACGGAAAAUCACACAAACGCGGGACAACUGCUGUCUCUUCGUUUGCUGCACACACAUCUGAACAUUUCGUUGUGGGGUUUGGUUCGGAUGAAACUCUCGGUCGUAUACACGAUUCUUGGAACAGUGAUAACUUACAUAACCAUCAUGAUGCAGUUGGAUGAUGAAAAUUUUCAGCAGGGGAGUUGAAACGAAUUUUGAAUUCCGAAGGAACCAGUGCCUCAGAAACUAUUGGAAAGUCGAAAUACCAUGACGUCUUUCUCAAUAAUUAUAUUAUCUAUCAAUUAACAACAUUUUUUUUAAAGCCUUGAAAAAAAAGUUUGUUCAAACAGCAAUACGAAGCAUUCGUAGUUCGUCCUUUUACUACAGCAAUGGAAAUUCUGCUCAUUGAAUAAUUUAUAAUUUAGAACCCUGGGAACAUACUAGCAGAGGAACACUGUAUAUGGGUCUCUUGGGUUUUAUAGAUAUUGCACUCAACCUUAUUGUCCAUCUGUAAUUUGACGAAUUGGUACCCCUGUGAUGCCUCACUAUA